AUGGAGGUCCUUGUAACAAAAGCAACUGCGAACAAGGCUCGUAAAAGAACAAGAAACCCCGAGAACUGGAAAGCUAAUAUCGCUAAGAAACAAAGGUAUAUGCCAAAGAAAGCACCUGAACGAAUAAUAUGUUCACAUAAAAAUAAACAUCUAAAAUGUUCGAGUUUGACAAUGACUGAUAUUAUGAAUUUUCACAGUUCGUUUUAUUCCUCAAAUAAACGGAGUGACCAAGAUGCUUUGAUACUGAAGUGCUGUAAAACGCAGAAGGUAUUUUCAUCAUACGCUCAAAUUGAGCAAAGUAAUGAAAAAGAAAACUUAACGGUUUUAUUAACAUUUAAUGCGAAUGGAGAUAUGUGUCCACCGUGUAUUGUGUUUCCAUACAUUAGACCACCGAAAGCUGUAGUAAACAGUAUGCCCCAAAAUUGGUGCUUAGGCAGAUCGGAGACAGGUUGGAUGAGAGAAGUAUUCUUUGAAUACAUCACCAACGAGUUUAACAACUGGAUACUUGAAAAUAAUAUUAAAAAACCCGUGCUUCUGCUGGUAGAUGGGCAUAAAUCGCAUAUGUCCUUAAUGCUAAGUACAGCAUGUGAACAACUGCAAAUUAUUUUGUAUCCCCUGCCGCCCAACACCACCCAUAUUUUACAACCAGCAGACACAUACAAGAAUGCUCAAUGUGUUGUAAGCAGUGGAAUGGAAGCUCACUGCAAAAAUGUGGCAGAAGUGAUGUUCGCUAUCGAACAAAUGUACAGAGAAAGUUUGUUCCCUUAA